AUGGACGACUUGGUGCUCGACGAACUCAUGGACUUCUUGCACGCGCCGGACGAGCUGACGCUGCCCACCGCCUUCACGUUGGGCGACGGUCUGGACGACGAUCUUCUGCUGCCUGAUACCGACUCGCUGCUGGGCUUCUUGGACCUCGAAGACGCGGAGCGUCGCAGUAUCUACCGCCAGAAGCAAAAGGCAGAGAAGGAGGCACUUCGGCGCGAAAUCGACGAGCUGUCGGCCAAGCUCGACAAGUUGCAGGACUCUCCCAGAGACGGGAGUUUGUCGCCGUCCACCGACUUGGCACUGUCGAGCUGUCUAUGGAAAGCCAUCGCGAGUCGCCAGAAGGAGCACCGAGAAGCUGCCGAGGAGGAGCAGCUGCAUCUACGAGCUGCCAUCAGCUCCCGAGCCACGCUGAUCAACGAUCUGACCGGGUUCUUGAAGAAGCGCGUCCACGACGGAGUCAUCGCGAACGGCGACUCGACAGACGCACCUCGUCACAAGAGGAUUCGGCUAGAACCCACCGACUCGGCCCUGUUCGAGACGUUUGUGCAGGAACUCCACACUGUUUACUUGCAGACUGAUGAAGUCGCGGCUGCCUGCGAUUUCGAGACGUCGGACGCGCCGUCAAUAACCAAGAAGAAGGACGGGAAUACCGAGUACUACCAGCACGCCGACCGCCAGACUCUGCCAUUCAAGCAAGUGUGCCACUCGGUGUGGUAUCUCGCGCAGCUCAAACACCGCCAGGAAGAUCGAGUGAUCUACGAGGGCCUGGAUGACCCCGAGAACACAAUUGCGCUCAAGUUUAGGAUAACAAGCCGCCGCAUGGGGGAAAAGGUGUCGCUACUACAGCGUGUUGUCGUGCGUCGCUUCCAAAAAGUCAACCGCGUCGUGGUUGUGUGGAAAGUGUUCGCUGAAGGAGAGGGCUUGUUCCGUGGGAUGCACUCUGACGAGAAUGGAUGCAAUGAGACAACGGGGACAAUUCUGGACACGUGCUUCAGACACGUGCCGACGCACUUCAGUAGUUCGGCUUCGUGCACCCCAGUAGUCAACGAGUUCACCGACAUGAUCGUUAGUACAGGAGAGGAGGAGAACCAAACGGUGAUGAAGGCACUGGAAAAGAUGCUGCUCGACGAUACUCUAGCUAACGUGGCGAGCUAA